GCUUGAUAGAACGGAUACUUGUUUCUUUUCGUUUUACGGCGCGCGUUGACUUAUUGAAGCACGUGGUUGAAUUUAGUUAUGAUUGAAGCAGCAGCGUGCAAAGACGCGUUAUCAAAGAUGUUGAGGGCGUGCGAUUUUUUGAAGUAACACACUACAUUGAUACGCUUCAAAUCACGUGUACUUCUUUGUCAAUGAUUUUGCGGAAUUUCUCUGGAGGAGCAGGGAUGCUUACGUGAAAGAAUUUAUCUUCUGAAAUAUUUCUCAAAGGAAUAAACUUACCGAAAACAUUAGUUUCUUAGAAAGCAACUUAUUGGAUUUCCUUUAAAAUACCUCAUUGCAAGUGAUUCAAUUACACUUCGUUUUUUUCUGAAUUGGCAUCAGUGUUACUUUCAAAAGCUCAGACGAUAUCAAAAGAAUGACUACGUUGAUGUAGUUGAUCUUCGCAAUUUACUUAUUAAUUAUCUGUUACUGAAAACGAUGUUUUUUAUCUAUUAAAAUGAUCAUUUUUUACUGCAAACGAUUUUUGGAAUAUUUAAAAUUAGAAAAUCUGAUUGCAAACGAUAUUUACGUUAAUAGAAAUUAAGAAUAAUUUUUACUAUAGAUGACUUUUAAAAUUGUUGGCAACAUUCUUAAAGUAUAGAAUUUUCAGCAUCAAGGAUGAAAACGUUGUAUUAAUUUGAUUUAAAUUUCGAUAACACGUUUGCAAUACUUUAUCAAAUUAAGCCAAGAUUUAGUUGUUUUUUUUAUGUGAUGUAGAGGUAUAUAAGUGGAAAAAUGGAAAAAUAUUGCUUCAAUAAUGCAAGAAAGUGAAAGCAGUGAAAGGCAACUUGUGUUUAUGUUCAUACUCCAUAAAUCCCGUUUACCUUGAUUCUUCCGUAAAAGUGGUCUUCCAACGGAUAUUACACGUAAUAUCUACGCUCGGAGGAUUACCACCAUAAAACCCAAGGAGUUAAGCAGCUGUUUUCUUACACUUUUUUUCCUGGUCUUCCGUUGUCUCAACAAACAGGGCAUAAUUAUGUAAAUGAAAUCAUGAAGACCAUUCCGUCCAGUGGAAGAAGGUUUCAUACUGGAUGUUGAAAGAAAGGAAUGGGCACAGAUAUUCCACUCUGGAUAGGUGGACUUCAAAAGUGGGUGACAGGAGUCUCUAAACAAACGACUUGUGAAGACAUUAUCAAAGCUGUUUUAUUAGCGAACGAAAGUUUCCACCAUCACAAAAGCGGUAGCAAAUCACAUCGUGAUUACAAACAUUACGUCAUAGUGGAACGUUGGCACAAAGUGGAAAAACCUCUGGAUCCGCGCUCCCGGCUCCUUAAAGUGUGGAACACUUGGGGUCUGGAGCAAUGCAACGUUCGAUUCCUCCUGAAGAGAGCGCACCACGCUCAAACUUCGGGUUCCACCCCACGUGACGUUAAAUCGCACCGGCGGAAGGUUAAUUCCAAAUCUACAAAAACUUGGCAUCCUCGUAAACUUCGAUCAGAAUCUGAGGAUGACGGAAGUGUCGCUUGUUGUCUGGACAACGAUGAACACUUUCCAGCAACGGAAGACCAACUCAGAAAUCUCAUUGCUUCCCAAAGUGAUGCUAUUUCAUCUCAAGUUAGGAAAUUGCGAGACAAAGAUGAGGAGAUUGAAGUCAUUGAGAACGGAAUCCAUACGCAGCGGAUGCGCCAAAUUGGCGCCAAUUACGUCCUCGAUACGUACUUAGCUGACUCCAGUGAAGGUGAGGCGGCUAAUGUUAACACUGCCACUAGCAACGAAACUCCUAGUGAUUCUAAAAAACAAUCUACCACUGAUGUCUGUGAUACUUUAGAUGAUUGCAUCGAACUUUACCAAAAGGUUCUUCUAAUAUGGGACAGGGUGCAUCAAGAGGAACUGACCAUUAAAGAUCUAACUCUGAAAAUUCAGCAGAGUCUUGAAAAAAAAGACAGUGAUACGAAUUGCAAACUUCUUGAUGAGGACCCUGAACUAGCGUUUGCUGGUCCGGAAAGGUUAGAGGAGAUCUUACACCGAACUAAAAACGAUAUAGAGAGGUUGUUGAGGAUAAACCAAACACAACAAUUAACAAUCCAACAAAAUGAAAAAACCUUGUUAGAUUGUACAAAGAUAAUACAAGAUAAGCAUUACUACUUGCAACAUUUAAAAUCUGAUCUUGAUAGAUUAGACCAAGAGAAUGCACGACUGCAAGAAGAGUUUUCUGCUAUACAAGUGAUAUCAAUGGAUCGAACUGCUUCCUGUGAAGCACCAGAAAAUGGUGAUAGCAAUUCAGAUACAGGUUUGAGCUCUAUGCAUAGCAGCAGUGACGACGGAGGAAAUAUUUUAGAUACAUUAGUAUAACACUCAUUGUUUAUAUGCAAUCAUUCUUUGUGUCGUUUUUUUUUCAAAGUUAUCAUAUAAAAUUUGAAUGAAUACUGUUGUCAAACAUAUGUAUCUCUUUCGUUUACACUUUGCCUAAUUUAAUUUAAUUUCUGUGUUUAAUGUAAUACUAAAAUAUACAACGUUAAUUUAAGAAUUCAAUAUAAAAUGCAAAAAGCAAAAUAGUUAUGUAAGAUCGACUUAUGGGUCACAAAAUAUUUUUACAUUGCAAACAUGUUUUUGGUGCUAGCCAUAAAAAUCAGUUUCUCUAAAAAAAUGUCGAAUAUAUUAAACUCAAAAAAUUUAAAUAUUUUAGCAUUAACUUUUUCAACAUUUACUGUGGAGUUUAAAUUAAAUGACUUCCAGUUAUAAGAAUCACCAACUAUCUGAAUCAUUUUAAGUAGCUAUAGUUGUAGUUUGUCUAUAGAAAUAACUCCCUUUACCAUGCAGUCUAAGGCCGUCUGCUGCUAUGGAAACAAGAAAUAUCUCAUUUUAAAAAGGGGAGCUUCUUUCUUCCCUGAUUCCCUUUAUCUCGCCAACCAGAGUCAAAACCUGUCUUAAAUAAUGACCCUACUUGAAAUAGUUAAAUAUCGUAACCAUCACAACUACCACUCCAGGUGAAUGGCUAAGGGAGUUCUUUAUAUUGACAAACAAUACUACGGUUUCCAGCAUAGUAUGGGCAUCAGUCAGUUGAAGUUUAGGUUUUGAUGCGCCUUCAGCAGACCUAAAACAAAUUUUAUUUUUAUCCAUUAAGUUGACACAAUAAGUUAAGUCGAUUUCAUUCCCUACGGUUAAAACUAUUUAUUUCACUCAUUUGAUUUUUCGAAUUUUGUAUGAUUCCAAAUAAUAUGAUUAAUUGGUGUUCUAAUGUAAAGCGUUCUCCUUUUAAUAGUACUUUCUUACAAUUUUCUAACUUGUUUAAAUUUAUCUAGCCUGUAAAUUAUUACAGAAUUUAAAAAUAUAUUCGAUCAUUUCUAAAUCUUUUUUUGUAUCCAUAUUUAAUUAAAUGGUGAUAAUGACUUUUCCAAUUUUAUUCGUCACGAAUACAAAUUAUCUUCAAAAAUGUACAGUUUGAAAUGUUGGACAAGCUCAACUGCACUGAAAAAAAUUCCGGCUUAAAUUACAGUAUAAAGUACUGGCAUCAUACGGGAAAUUCAUUUUUAUCUUAAAAUAUUAUACCGUAAUUUAUACAGUAAUAUUUAUUUAAUUAGUGAUUCAGUAACUUUGCGAUAAUUACUAUAAAUGUUGUGAUAUUACUGUAAAAAUUACGGUAUAUCAUAUUGUUGUUUCGUAACAUGUUCCGGUAAACGUGUGUUCUCCGGUAAAAAGUACCGGCGCCCAGAAUGCCGGUAUUUUCUACCAUAGUUUGUACCGGAAUUGUUUACAGUGUAACUUUGAAACAACGGUAGUAAGCUCAAAGCAAUGCUUCAAAGUAAAAAACAACGUAAAUACGUUUUAAAAAGUGCUACAAACACAAAACAAUUAACAAAUAUUUCCGCAUUCUAAAAAUACCUAAUGUAUGUUCAUAGUAAUAAUUUUCUUAUUUAACUGCUAGAACUUAACAAUUAAAAUACUUUUAGCUCUCAUACACAUUUAAACCUGAAUUUCAUAUAUAAAACAACUGUAGAAGGUGCAAUUUUGAAUAUUACUUUAUUUAAAUUGAUUAUACUAAAAUAUUCAACUGAUAUAUUCUGAUACAUUAUAAUUAAAAGUAAUCAUAUAAGUAUAUAAUAGACAAAAUAAAUAUUGAAUCUUUAUCUCACCUAGUUUGAAUUUUCAUGUAUCGUUUGUGUUUCUCAGUCUAGUCUAUAUUUUCAUAUAUUAUAACCAAUAGAUAAUAAUUCUUAUCCUUGUUCUAUAUAUACUACUUUAAGUCACAAAAUACUUUAUUCAGACAUGACUCUAUGACUUAGAUUUAUUUCCUAUGUCUCCAGGUAAAAAUACAAGCAUGUAUGUUCGAUUGUCUCAGUAAAAUUGUAUACUUCACACUAUUGUAUAAAUCAAUGUCAGUUUAUAAAUAAACUUUAUGUCUUUCUUA